CCUGAGAAAUUGUGAACCCAUCCUUUAAAAUCUUGCUCUAUUACAGUAUUAAUGGAAGACAGAUUUGUGGUGUUUGUGUUACACCUGAGAAAUCUAAGUUAGGAUGCUAAAGUAUGCUGUUCUGAUUAAUAUCUGACUGACAGUAAGUGAAUAAGUAAGUGCAUGGUCACUUAACCAAACAACCAACUACAUGAUAGUUAUUGUGCCUCAAAGUAUUGUCUGAACUCAAUACUCGACAGCACGUAGCCUGAAGGAUGACUGCACAAAAUUGACUUUUAUGUCACAUCAAGAUCAAUCAUGACGCAGAGCAGCGAUUCUCUGAGAAGAUGUUGAGCCGAUUUAUGAGUGGCAGCAUCAGGAAUCUUGAGCGAGAAUACAGCUGCACCGUCAGACUGCUGGAUGAUACGGAAUAUACGUGCACCAUUCAGCGGGAUGCAAAAGGACAGUAUCUGUUUGACCUCAUCUGCCACCACCUCAACCUGCUGGAGAAAGACUAUUUUGGCAUCAGAUAUGUGGAUCCAGACAAGCAGCGGCACUGGUUGGAGUUCACAAAAUCAAUUGCCAAGCAAAUGAAAUCUCAGCCUCCGUUCACCAUGUGUCUGAGAGUCAAGUUCUACCCUCCCGAGCCCGCUGCUCUCAAGGAGGAAAUCACUCGAUAUCUUGUCUUCCUGCAAAUCAAGAGAGACCUCUACCACGGCCGGCUCCUGUGUAAAACCUCGGAUGCGGCCAUGCUUGCUGCCUUCAUCCUUCAAGCUGAGAUUGGUGAUUAUGACCCUGGGAAGCAUCCUGAAGGUUACAGCUCCAAAUUCCAGUUCUUCCCCAAACACUCGGAGAAACUGGAGCGCCGGAUUGCAGAUAUACACAAGACAGAGCUGAUUGGACAGACGCCUGAAACAUCAGAGCGUAAUUUCCUGCAGAAAGCCCAGAUGCUGGAGACAUAUGGUGUUGAUCCGCAUCCGUGCAAGGAUGUGUCUGGGAAUCCAGCUUUCCUUGCUUUCACACCGUUUGGUUUUGUGGUCCUUCAGGGAAACAAGAGAGUUCAUUUUCUCAAAUGGAACGAGGUAACCAAACUGAAGUUUGAAGGCAAGACGUUCCACAUAUAUGCAAAUCAGAAGGAGGACAAACAGAUCAUCUUGACAUACUUUGCACCCACACCUGAGGCAUGUAAGCACCUUUGGAAGUGCGGAGUGGAGAACCAAGCUUUCUAUAAGCUCGAGAAGUCAAGUCAGGUUCGCACGGUGUCCAGCAGCAACUUGUUCUUCAAGGGCAGCCGUUUCCGUUACAGUGGACGAGUGGCAAAAGAGGUGAUGGAGCAGAGUGCCAAAAUCAAACGCGAGCCUCCAGAAAUACACAGGGCUGGCUUAGUGCCCAGCAGAAGUUGUCCAUCCAUCACCCAUGGUCCUCGCCUCAGCAGUGUGCCACGCACCCGCCGGAGAGCUGUGCACAUAUCUAUCAUGGAGGGUCUGGAGUCCUUGCGUGACAGUGCCCACUCUACACCAGUGCGUUCAGUGUCCCACGGGGAUUCCUUCAUGCCGCGCUCCCGGAGCCAGGCCACAGACGCCAGCGAGGGGACGGCGGUGAUCUCAGACGAGGCCUACAGCCCCUCUGACAGCGUCCUGCCCACCCCGGUGGCCGAGCACAGCAUGGAGCUGGCUGUCUCGCGCCAGAUCAACGGGGCGCCCUGCAGCAUCGAGGAGGAGAAGGAGUCGGAGGCGGGAACCCCCUCGCUUGGGGAAGGGGGUGAUUUUGGUGCGGACAGUAGAUCAGCACGAGAGGGUGCAGGGGGGGACACGGCACUCAGCGAGGUGGAACAGGUGAAUAAGUUUGUCUUAAGUGUCCUCCGUUUGCUCCUUGUGACCAUUGGACUCCUCUUUGUCUUGCUCCUCCUCCUCAUCAUCCUCACCGAGUCAGACCUUGACAUUGCAUUUUUACGUGAUAUCCGCCAGACCCCCGAAUUUGAGCAGUUCCAUUACGAAUACUUUUGUCCCCUCAGGCGGUGGUUUGCCUGCAAGCUCCGCUGGGUGGGCGAGUUGCUCAUUAACAAGUGAGAGUGAGGUCGUAGAGUUCGUAAGCCCGUUCGGGGGUCUGAGAAGACGGUUAGGACUCCGGAGUGAUGGAGGGCAGCCUCGUCCCAACCAUGAACCCUGCUUCUCUCAUCAUCCUCCUGCAGACAUACAGCUUGGACCACUCCUGGUAACACUGGGCCAGGAUCUCUCUUCCCCUCCACUUUGAGUUACCCCCCCACCCCCCUCACCCACCCACUCACCUCCUCGUUUCGCUUGUUUUCUUCUUCUUCUUCUUUUUUUUCUACAAAGCCAGAAGACAUUUUUUGCAUUUUUUUUUUUUUUUAAAUUUCAAGUCAUUUCAGGUAUUUUAUUUUUUCAAAUAACACAAAGGAAAAAAAUCUAAACUGAAAUCAAAGAACUGAAGAAUUUUAAAUAGUUCCUUUACAGGAACGCGGGAUUUUUGUUGCAACGGAUGAACGUUGCCUUCAUUUAUUAUUUAUUACUUUUAAGCCUGUAUUUGCAUAAGAAAAAGAGGUAAGAUGAAUGGCAAUUGAGGAAAUCAUGGAUUGGUCAUUAAAAUUAAGAUGGAAGUGAGUUAGGUUAGAGUGGAUAGGCCUACUGCUGUGAAGUAAAUGUGAGGUAAUAUCUUUUGGUAUGAAUUCAUCCCCAUCAGAGGUCAACAGUAUAAACAGUAGAUCCACCUCAUCAGGAAAAAAACAGAACAAUCUGACAGUGAUUUAGUGAAGGUUCAUGAUACAGAGAAAAGACAGGGUGAUUACCAAAUGCCUUUUUUGAGAACCUGAUGACUGAUAGCAGUUUUGAAUUUUGUGGAUUGUCUUAAGAAACAAUUAAGUACACAGUGGUCUACAGAGUAUCUGGUGAAAAUCAAAGAUGUUUUUUCUAACAUUUUAUAAGGAUACAGUGAAAUAAACCAGUACCAAUAGUGUUAUGUGACCCAGUAGUGUCAGAUGCGGUUAGAGAAAUAUUCAUGAUGAGCAAAGAUUCACUGGCACCAAUAGAUAAUAGUCUAGAUAGAUGUGCAAUGCUCAUAUGGUUUUAAUAAUUAAGUACUUUUGAAUGUGCUCAUUUGUUCACUUGUUCCGUUAUUUCUCCAAUUAAUUUGAUUUGCAUAUUUUUCAUCAAGUUGAAAUUCAAUGAAUUUCAAUUAUUUCUUUCUAUGAAGAGUAUGAUUUAUUUUGGUUUCAAAUCAACCUUGCUCUUAGGUUUAUGUAUCAUACUAUAUUAUUAUUAUUAGAGUAAGAAUAAUGAUGUACUUUUUGUACAAAUUAGUUUGUUUCCUAAUAUAUUGACAGGUUUUCCAUGUAUAUUUUAACAGAACUGAAAUGUUAUUUUGUUAUUGAAGAUUAAAUUAUACCUUUUUUAGCGCUGUGUUUCAAGUAAGGUCAGAAGCAUUUAUGGAAAUAUGGAAAGGGGGACUGAAAAACAAGGUUUUUAUCCAGAUCCACUCAACACUGAUCUCACGUCUCAUCAGUCCACCAGCAGUGAAUCAGUCGUCGGUGUGUGCGCAAUGUUAGUGAUGACUUUUAAACGUGUAUUUGUACAGAAUGAAAUCUAUAGAUUUCGCUACACCACCACAAAUACCAAAUAAUCCAGAAACACAUUUUCACCUUUCAUAACUUUACCAUAUCUUGUUUUACUUGAAGAGUUUGGAGAGGUGACUGUGAGCCUGACCGAUACUGGAUCUGCACAAAAAUUAAACCCAUGUCCUAAUUUCCCUCCAAGAUUCAAUUAGAAAAUGUGUGAAAAAAAACAAAUAAUGAAUCAAUCAUUAGAAAAUUAAUUGCCAACUGUUUUGAUAAUUGAAUAAUCAUCAUAUUUCCCGUUUCAGUUUAUCCAAUGUGAGGAUUUUCUGAUCUGUUGGUCAGAUUUUUUAAAACUGGAUUUUUAAUACGUCUCUCUCAGUUCUGAGAAAUGUUUAAUUUUCACAAUUUUCUGAGAUUUAUAAUUUUACGAUUAAUUGGUAUUUUCAGCCUUUCUAAAAAAAUACUUUGGUGGAGAUAACAGUGGAGUCUGCCGGACAAACUACAGUAUGUGAUGAUAACACUUUAUGAGGUACCUCACACACAGUGGCUCUGGAGCAUGUGCUUCAGUUUCUUUCCUCCCUUAAUUUUCGUAUAAACCAAAAUACAAAUACAAAUAUCGGCGAAUACAUCGGUCAGGCUCUAGACUCUUCUGCCUCAUAGCUUGAGGGAGCAAUAACUGUCAUGGCUGCUGGAUUCUGGGUAAAAUCUGUUUUUUGUACUGCGUGUCUACCUCCUGUACCAAGUACAGGUGUAAGUGAGUGUUAGUGUGUCUGUAUGUAGGAAUGGAAACAAGACUCGAGGUGGUAGAGGUGGAGGUUUAGUCAAAGAAGAAGAGUAAAAAGGUCCUUUUUUUUCAUCUUUUGCAAAAGACGAGAAGGAAGGAAAAAGUGAAAGGCAUGAAAUGAGAGAAAAAGGUUGAGAAGACUGAGGGAUAUCAGAGGCCUUUGAGAGAGGUCCGAGUGAUCAGUCGGUCUUUGAAAGUGGGUUUUAAAAAACUAACUGGGAAUGGAAGGCACUUGGUGACUCAUUACUCUGAUAGCUGUGCAGGAUAUGCUUGUUUUUGGCCUGCUAUUUCAGCACCACCACCCCCCCUGACCCCACACACCCUCAUACCAGCACCUGCAGCUGCUCCACUGAAGGCCCGUUGGUGCUACCUUCUUUGUUUGCUCCUGUGUAAUCUGAGCGUGUCAGUCCCUGGCUAACUUGUAGUCUUUACCACAGAGUAGCAUGCACGUUGGCGUUGUGGCUGGAUCCACUCCUUUAGCUCAUUACCCUUCACAAACCGUAGUUAUCUGUGGUGGAGGGAGCACAAUGCUAGAGGAAAUAUCAAAUCUUUAGAGCUACGUUGGCAAGCAACCUGGUGUAGGAGCUUAUUUAUGUCAAGUUAAUCAUUUUUUUAACUCGGAUAUAUCCAGUAAAUAGCAGUUGCAAAGAUGAAGCACAUUUUCCCUAACAACUUGUGGUGCGGGGUGGGUUGGUGGGUUGACGUUUUUGGUUUUUUUUUUUGUGUACAUUCAUACUUCAUAUUUAUUACUUCUUUAAUAACCUAAAGGUCAACAUGACCGACCAGUCCAGCCAGGCUGAGUUGUUAGCAGGACAUCUUUUAAAGGUCAGUCUGCACAGGUGUUUCUUAUACAUCAAUCAGCGUUAUGUAGCUUCAGUGGUCUCUCUGAACAUGCAACAAUUUAAAAAAAAAAAAGGCAGCAUUAUUCAAGGAGCAAUAAUCAGUGAGAGGAGCUAUAGGAGCAAAAAGAUGUGAUUUACAAACUUGUGUACAAAAAUCCAACUAUGAAUAGUGUUUGAUAAGUCAAAUAUAUCCUUUCUGUUUCAAGAAAACCACUUACCAAAUUGCUGUUGUGCUAACUUUAAUAAUAAUGUGACCACUGAGACAUUUUUUGUUAGCGUUGCAUUCAGUAAUAACAUUUUAUAAAAUCAAUUUUCCUUAGAGACCUCUCGUGUGGAUGUUUGUUCUGCUGUUUUCUUUGCUGUUUCAUUGUCAAGUGACAGAUUGUUCCCUGUGCCUGGAUCCUAACUCUGCAGUUUACCAAAGUGGCAAAGAUGAAGGCAAAACAUCCCAUAUCAGCUGUACUACAGACCACUCUGUCCUUAAAUCUACCAGGCCAAGAGGGA